CGCGUCGUCGCGGGGCCACCGAAGGCGUUGCCGGGAAACCUUCCACCUAGAGCUGCGGUGGGACCGGCGGACAUGGCGGCGGCGCGGCUGGCCGCAGCCCUGCUGCUACUCGCGGCCCAGGCGGCCUGUGAGUUCGGCGUGCUGCGAGUGGUGUCCCAGACCCGGGGCAGGGACUACUGCAUCCUCUACAACCCACAGUGGGCCCACUUGCCACAUGACCUCAGCAAGGUGUCUCUCCUGAAGCUUCGAGACUUGAGCACCACCCAGCUCUGUUCCUACCUUGACGUCCCUGCAGAAGACUUCACUAACCAAAUCGCACUGGUGGCCCGGGGCAACUGCACCUUCUACGAGAAAGUGCGGCUGGCCCAGGGCGGUGGGGCCCACGGGCUGCUGAUCGUCAGCAAGGAGAGGCUGGUCCCUCCAGGAGGCAACAAGACACAGUAUGAGGAGAUAAGCAUCCCCGUGGCCCUGCUAAGUCACAGGGACCUUCGAGACAUCUUCAGGCGCUUUGGCCAUGAAGUCAUGGUGGCACUGUAUGCCCCAAGUGAGCCGGUGAUGGACUACAACAUGGUCAUCAUCUUCAUCAUGGCCGUGGGCACCGUCGCCCUCGGUGGCUACUGGGCUGGCAGUCAUGAUGUGAAGAAAAGGUACAUGAAGCAUAAGCGAGACGAUGGUCCUGAGAAACAGGAGGACGAGGCAGUGGACGUGACGCCGGUCAUGAUCUGCGUGUUCGUCGUCAUGUGCUGCUUCAUGCUUGUGCUUCUCUACUACUUCUACGACCGCCUGGUCUACGUGAUCAUUGGGAUCUUCUGCCUGGCCUCCGCCACCGGUCUCUACAGCUGCCUGGCGCCCUGUGUGCGCAAGCUGCCCUUCUGCACAUGCAGGGUCCCCGACAACAACCUGCCGUACUUCCACAAGCGCCCACAGGCCCGCAUGCUGCUGUUGGCGCUCUUCAGUGUCACCGUCUCCGUGGUGUGGGGCGUCUUCCGCAACGAGGACCAGUGGGCAUGGGUCCUGCAAGACGCCCUGGGCAUCGCCUUCUGCCUGUACAUGUUGAAGACCAUCCGCCUGCCCACCUUCAAGGCCUGCACGCUGCUGCUGCUGGUGCUCUUCAUCUACGACAUCUUCUUCGUCUUCAUCACCCCCUUCCUGACCAAGAGUGGCAACAGCAUCAUGGUGGAGGUGGCCACCGGGCCCUCGAACUCAUCCACCCACGAGAAGCUGCCCAUGGUGCUGAAGGUGCCCAGGCUGAACACCUCGCCACUGUCCCUGUGUGACCGGCCCUUCUCCCUCCUGGGCUUUGGAGACAUCUUGGUGCCAGGGCUGCUGGUGGCCUACUGUCACAGGUUCGAUAUCCAGGUGCAGUCAUCCAGGAUUUACUUUGUGGCCUGUACUAUUGCCUAUGGCCUGGGCCUCCUGGUGACCUUCGUGGCUCUUGUCCUCAUGCAGCGUGGCCAGCCCGCACUGCUCUACCUGGUCCCCUGCACACUGCUGACCAGCUGCACCGUGGCUCUGUGGCGCCGGGAGCUGGGCGCCUUCUGGACAGGCAGUGGUUUUGCGAAGGAUGCACCUCAGUCCCCAUGGGCUGCAACCCAGGGACCUGUGCCUCCGAAGGACAUGGACGCCUCCCCCUCCGAGCAGCCGUCAGGUGCAGAGCCAGCCCAGAGCUCCCUGUCCACUGAGGAGGCAGGAGCCGCUGACCCUGCCAAGGAUCCUGACAGCCCUGGGGCCAGCUCCCCCUCGAAUGGUGACCAGGCUGGGGACCAGGCCCAGCCUAUCCCUGUGGUGAAGCCAGGGACUUCGGCUUAAGAAGAGGAGGUGCGAGAGCUGGCCCUUGCCGCCUUCCAUGCCAUACAGAUGCCGGCCACCUGGGACCUGCAGGGGACAGGGACAGCUGCCACCCACCAGAGUGACAGACCUGCUCCACGUCCCCCUAACAUGGUGCUCAGCCCUCUGAGGCCUCAAGCCCAUCCUCCCUGCAGCUGCACCCCAGCGCCCAGCUCUGCUCUGCACCAGGCCAUGAGCUUCACUUGCUGCCCGCCCAUGCAAGGCCCCGGUCUCUGGUGCUUUGCUGACGCUCGCCCUGCUGGCCGCGCCUCCCUCCAUAGGACUGGACUCUCUGGGGCCAGAGCAACAACCCAACAAGCAGGUUCCUAUGCUGGGAGCAGCCUCGAGAGGCCUGUGUGGGUACCCAGCCCAAGGGCCUGGGCUUAUACAAGGGCCCAAACCCCUUCAGGAGAGUCCACGCCAAGAUGGAGUUGAGAAUGCGGGCCACUGCUCCAAGCCAGCAAACGGCUCCAGCUCCAGGUUCUGCGGUGUGUGGCCUAGUGGGAGCUGGCUGGUCCACGUCCCCAGCAGACUGACCAGCUCACAUGCGAGUCCUGUGUGCUGUGGCCACUGCCCCACCCCAGCAGUGGCUUCUGGUCUGGCGUCUAUCCUCUACCUCAGCAACCAGACUCUGGACUCCAUGACAGAUCUGCCUGCAGGGAGCCCACCACACAUGCUGCAUGUCACCGAGGCAGAGGCCACGGUCCCCACACGCUGUGGUAGAACCUGGGAGCCAUGGCCACCCACACUUGCAUGGACAAGGGUGUCUACUGCAGGGUGACAAGCAGUGACAGCUGGGCGGUCCUCUAGAGCUCUGGGCAUGGUAGGAAGGAGGACUGCCCCAAGCACCCUGUCUAGCCAGAAUGGAGGCAGAGGAUCUGGGGCCCAGCCACCUGCUUCUGCCACUUGGACUUGACAAGCCAUUUUGUACUGGGUGUCCAAGCAGUCCUUCUGCCUCUAGGGUGGUCGGAGGUGCUCUGCGAGGGCCACCUGAGGGCCCUGGCCUUAGGUUGUCAGGGGAUUAAACAGCUUUUCAUACUCACA